AUGUGGAAUUCGACGAGGAGUGUAGUCAUAGUUCCAGUGUUCGAAUUUUUGGUGGCUAUUAGUUUGAUCAUCUCGCUCUUAAUCUUCAUAGAGAGUGUCUACAUAAACCUCGUAAUACUCUACGUCAAGUUGUUUAACCGCAAACCGGAGAAAGUCUACAAAUGGGAGGCAAUCCAGGAAGAUAUGGAGCUCGCUCAUCAAAACUACCCAAUGGUCCUUGUUCAAAUCCCGAUGUACAACGAACGAGAGGUCUUUGAAUUAUCUAUAGGUGCUGCAUGCAGACUAACAUGGCCAUUGGACCGCCUAAUCGUUCAAGUUUUAGAUGAUUCCACGGAUCCAGCCAUCAUGGAAAUGGUGAGCAUGGAAUGUGCAAAAUGGGCAUCAAAAGGCAUAAACAUAAAGUAUGAGAGGCGAGACAACAGAAAUGGCUACAAAGCGGGAGCUCUUAAACACGGCAUGAAGCACAAGUAUGUCGCACAAUGCGAUUAUCUGGCCAUCUUCGAUGCUGAUUUCCAGCCUGAGCCCGAUUACCUCCAACGUGCUAUCCCUUUUCUUAUCCACAACCCUGAGCUCGCUCUAGUCCAAGCCCGAUGGAGAUUUGUGAACGCGAACACAUGCUUGUUGACGAGAAUGCAAGAGAUGUCUCUCAACUACCAUUUCAUGGCAGAGCAACAAUCUGGAUCCACAAGACAUGCAUUCUUUGGCUUUAACGGAACGGCGGGAGUAUGGAGACUAGCGGCGAUGGAAGAAGCCGGAGGAUGGAAAGACCGGACAACCGUAGAGGACAUGGACUUGGCCGUUCGUGUUGGUCUUCUCAAUUGGAAAUUUGUCUUUAUCAAUGACCUCGAGGUGAAAAGCGAGCUACCAAGCAAAUUUAAGGCCUUUAGAUUCCAGCAACAUCGGUGGUCUUGUGGUCCAGCCAAUCUCUUCCGGAAAAUGACGAUGGAAAUCAUUCACAAUAAGCGAGUGAAGAUUUGGAAGAAGUUUUAUGUGAUCUACAGCUUCUUUUUCCUAAGGAAGAUCGUAGUCCACCUUUUCACUUUCUUCUUCUACUGUGUCAUUCUUCCUACGAGUGUCUUCUUUCCCGAAGUCAAAAUUCCGAUUUGGUCAACUUUAUACGUUCCUUCUAUUAUCACCCUCUUAAAUGCCAUUGCCACUCUAAGAUCAUUCUACCUCGUGGUCUUUUGGGUCGUCUUCGAAAAUGUAAUGGCUAUGCACCGGACCAAGGGAACUUUCAUCGGCUUAUUUGAAGGAGGAAGAGUCAAUGAAUGGGUUGUCACUGAGAAAUUAGGAGAUGCUCUUAAGACUGAGCUACUUCCCGAGUUGAGGAAGCCUCGCAAUGGAUUUCUCGACAGAGUAAACGCAAAGGAGAUGAUGAUGGGGAUAUACUUAUUGUGUUGUGCAUGCUACGACCUUGCUUUUGGGAAUGCAUUUUUGUAUCUAUAUCUCUUCUUACAAGCCGCUGCUUUUCUCGUCUCCGGUGUUGGUUUUGUUGGAACUUAA